GUAUAUUCAGCAAACAAAAACAUGAAUAGAUUGAUAUCAGAUAGCAGAAUACACCUGAUCUUGUUAUGGUCUGUGUUUUGGUUUGGGUUGUGUUUAGUUUUGUUCCAUGUUUUCCUGUGUUCCAUGUUUGUCGUGUGCUCAUUAGGUUGUUGUGUCCACCUGUCCUCAUCUACCUUGUGUCGACCAAUCAGGUCUCUCCGGCCACUCGUGUCUUGUCCAUGUGUUCCUCGUUGUCUCGUCAAUCUGUUUGUAUUUAGUUCCCUGGUUUCUUUCAGUUCUUGUCGUUGUCGUUGUCUUUGCGUUAUGUCAUUGUCAGGUGUCAUUGUCCCUAUCUGUUCUACGUCCACCUCACCAGUGAUAGUUUGUUUCCAGUUUUAGGUAUUUAAGUGUUUCUUUGUUACUUUGGUUUGGGUUGUGGGACUUUGUUUAGUUUUGCUUUAUCCACAUUCCUUGUUGGCUGUUUUUUGAAGAUUACAUUUUUUUUUCUUUUGAGACUCCCGCACUCCUGCCUUGCCUCCCUGCUUCCCUGCACUUGGGUCCUCCAUGUUCUUGCCUGGCGUUCCUCGCCUUCGACCAAACCCAAAACGUGACAGAUCUUAAACGUCUUUAGUAACAUAUAUUACACUUGCCUUUCUUUCUGUAAAUAAGGGGCAUUGACAAGUUUAACAGGUGGUUUUGUGUUUGUCACUUCCUGGUUUUCAACAAGCGCACUGACACAGGUCACAUUAACCUGGUAACGCCAUCGCUGCGCAACAUGGAGCGCUUUGCCUCCAAACUGCUCUGACACUUCCGGCAUCACCGAACAGAAUUAUGGAAGAGAGCAUUGACGUCAAGGCUCUGAGGGCCAGGUUCAGCAGCAGCAGCGCCAGCGCGUUGCACACCAGCAGCCCGGAUAGCAAUUCUUCAAAAUCUCCACAGCCUGCUUUCAUGAGAGCGAUAGCAUCAUCAGCAGACAAGAACAAUUCCCUGCCUAAAGUUUCAGCGACAGUGCUUCCACAUAUGGCUGGUCCAGAUGUGGUGAAGUUCCAAAGAGAAGAAGCAAUGGCGCCCUCCAAUCCCUCUAGGCCAUUUUUUCCCCCUCAUUCGCCUCCAAAUACAGAAGUCAGAACAUCCCCCCAGUGUUCAGGUGUUAAUAAGAUCAAGCAGACGGGUGAGAUGCUCGAAAAAAUGAUGCUGACGGGGGCUGCAGGUACCAAAACCCUGCCUGCAGCUCCAACCUUAACUACUCUCCCACUGCGAUUGAGGAGCACAAGCAAUGUCAUCCCACUGAGGAAGCCACUUCCCCCUGAGGGGCCCCUUCCCUUGAAACCCAGGCGACCACACAACAUUGACCUGGAGCAAUUCCUGAGAGUCACCCAGCGAGCUAGGCCACUUCCUGCUUGGAGGACAAGAGAGGGCUCAGAAGCAAGACAAAUAUCUUUACCUGGAGUGACCAGUCCAUCAAAUCCUCCUUCACAAUUCAUCAAAUCCAGCAGGCAGCAGAACCAGGUUACUUUUGCGGACAUUGACAUCAACCAUGACACUUAUGAUGACAUUGCAAGCUUGGAGGACAAAGCAUCCAGGAGGAACAGCACCCCACAGUGGAAAGAUAGGGAUGAAAGUGAUGUGUACGAGCAUAUUGAUGAAGAUCAAGUGCGGGUGAACUGGGAUGCUGGAAAGGUGGUGCAGGAACAGAAAAGAGAAAAUGAGUUCAGGAGAAAAUUCCAGCUGCAAGCUGAGGAAGAAAUUCUCCACACCACCAGAGCUCGUCACGACUGGUACGGUGGAGGCAAACUGGACCUCAGAGUGCACCAAGGCGAGAUGGUGGAGAUCCUCCGAGUGAGGAAUAACCCAGAGGGAAAGUGGCUGGCUCGCUCCCUGGACGGAAAGUAUGGUUACAUCAGUAACAAAUGUGUGGAUGUUGACUAUGAGGCAGUGAAGCGUAAAUUGUUCCAAUCCAGAAGAACAGAGGCCUCACCUUUACCUCCCCCUCCUCCGGACCCACCACAGCAGUUACAUAUGGACAGUUUGAGUCACAGUCAAAAUUACUAUGAUGACUUUCAUCUAUCAGCUGAGGAUUUUCCGCCACCACCACCACGAUCUGAAAUAAGCAUUGAUGCCAAUGUGGAAAAGGAGCUAAGGAAAAAAUUCAAGUACGAGGGUCCACUAACGGUGUUGCACACCGUGACGAUGGAUCCUAACGCUGUUAUGAAGAAGCCAGGAGGGAAGGACCUCAAUGUGUCUCUGGGGGACGUUCUGGAUGUCAUCCAGCUCACCAACAGCAAGAAAGUGCUGUGCCACAACCGCACAUCGGGAAAAUAUGGUUACGUAUCCAGAAAGCUUCUUAUUCCACUGGAAGGGGACGUUUAUGACGAUGUUGAUUACACCAGUGAUCCACAUGACGACACUGCACACUGAUUAUUUCCAUGUCGAACUACACACAAAUAAAUAAAUACAUCAAUACAGAUACUGCAGAGCGUAGAAGUCAAACUCAAGGCCCGGGGGCCAGAUGUGGCCCGCCACAUCAUUUUAUGUGGCCCGCGAAAGCAAAUCAUGCUCGUCAACUUCCGUGAUUUUUGCUCAAAUCUGUACCCAAAUUCCAAAUUGUCAUAAUAAUAAACAAUAAUGUUUUUCUGUGACCAAACCCUUCUUCAACUGUAACUUCAACAAUACUUGAACCAUCUAUUAUCCUUGUCUUCUGAUUUUAAAACAUGUUAUCCCUCAAUUUGUUGUGUGAUGGUAAUAAUAUGAUUUGGUGAUUAAACAUUUAUAUGGUUUCACUGUUCUAAUGGCCCUCUGAGGGAAAUCAUAACUACAAUGCGGCCCGAGACAAAAAUGAGUUUGACACGCCUGCGUAGAGACACAUGAAUAGAAAUAGACUACAGUAUAGUAAAGCUAAAUAAACCUGAGAACCAAAAACUGCUUGUUACAGAGUUUUUAUGGCUACAAACAAAAGAGCAUCAAGCUUUCAUAUAGACGAUCAAAUGAGGAGAGGUGUACAUUGAAGUGAAGUUAUUGUAUAGAAUGGACACUAUUCUUGGAGCCUUUGUUUAGCUUAACCUCU